AUGGUGAAUAAACUUUGGUUGAGUUCUACACUGGCAUCGUUAAAAUUGAUAAGCAAGUCUCCGUAUUUAUAUAAGAAUACAUUAAAUCCAAAGGAAUUGUCGACAAUUAUUGGGGAGUUUAAACAAAAACUACUAAUUUCGUUGGAUUCUAAUGAUUUGUCCGAUAAUUUUCUUGUAAAUGCAGCAAAUUGCCUAUAUGACUUGAAGGCAUUUGAUAAAACUACAAGUUUGGCACUACGCAGAUCAUUUGAAAGUAGGAAGAAUAUAAUUACUAGAGAAUUGAAAGGUGGUGUCUUGUGGGCGUUUUAUAAUGGAUAUCCAAAUACAAAAAGAAGGAAACUAGUUAAUUCAUCAUGCAGGGUUGCAAUAAAACAAGCUAUUAAAAAAUUUCGUGAUUUAAAGGUGAAGGUAACUGAUGUUGUAGAAUUUGAACCCAUCAUAAGGAAUUUAAGUGUUGUAGGAAAAUGCUACAGAUUGCCUAGUUCAUCUAAAGUGCGUUUAGAAGAUUCUAUACUUGAGGCUUCUACAGUAUUUAGAUUGGUAUUUGAUUGUUUCCCCUUGCUUGUUCCUUUAACUGUUUCUGUGGCAUCAUUAAACAUACAUAAUGAGAAGAUAGCAACAAUCCUGUUAGAUGCGUUCUGUGAUUCAUUAAAUAAGGAUGAUAUGAUAACUAAUGAUGAAAUAUAUUUGAUGCUUAAGACACUUAUGGAAUGGGAUGUUCCUAAGCUUGGAGUAGAACGCAAAUGCAUAGAACUAUUUAUUGAUAGCUUAUCGCGUAAGGUAUAUCCAUUUUUAAACAAUACAUCCGCAACUAUUAAGUUGUUUUCACAAACCCUUAAAUUACCAAAGAGUGAUCUUUUAUUUGGGCUAUCAAAUAUAUUAGUGAAACACGUGCUUUUAAAUGUACAAUUUUGCACCAAUACUGAUCUUGUUACAGUCAUAGACGCAGUUUCACAUUUCCUUUUCCGGUAUAAAUCGGAUAUCAUUCAUAUAAAUAUGAAUGAUAUUAAUAAACUUGUAGAUAACGUAAUUUGUUAUCUCCGUGUGGAAUAUGAUAAUAAAUUUGAAAAUUAUGUUGAUAGCCCUGACACACUAAAUACCCUUCUUAAAAUAUAUAAGUCAUCCGUAAUAUUAAGUAAGACUUGUGGGAACAAUUCUAUAAGGUUAGAAGAAAUAUCUCUACACAUUAUAAAAUCAAUAUCUAACGAGGAUACUGAAGACAGAAUUUUAAAAAUACAAGAUAAGUUUGGUGUUAAAUGA